UCUGUUCAAAAAUAAAUAACAACAACAAACCUGAAAUUAUGCAUUUGGGACUUUUUUUUACUUUUUCUUGUUGUACAGUACCAAACCCGUACCGAACUGUGACCCCCAAACCGAGCCACACAAUGUCUCUCAAUGCCUCCUUUCCACUCCUUAAGCCUUCCAAGAAUGACCAGGCAUCAAUUAAGGACGCUGAAGCCAUCAUGAAAAACGUCUCCAUGGUCCUCUACGCUCUGACUGUCCUCCUUGGCAUCCCAGGGAACUCCAUGGUGAUCUGGGUGGUUAGAUUCAAGCUCAAGCUAAAUGUAACCAACGUUUGGCUGUUGAAUCUGGCGAUAGCGGACUUGAUCUUCUGCAUCACGCGAAUCUUCUCCCUCACCAAGAACCUCUUCUUCGACCACUGGCCAUUCGGCACCUUCAUCUGCAAGUUCAACGGCUUCUUCAAAUACGCCAACAUGUUCUGCUCCGUCUUCUUGUUGGCUGUGAUCAGUCUGGACCGAGCCCUCUGCGUCUGGCAUCCCGUCCUCACCAAGCGGCGUCGCACCAUACGGGCCGCCAAGGUGGUGGCUUUCUGCAUCUGGUGCUCAGCGAUUAUCUUUAGCACUCCAUACUUUGUCCACCGCAAAGUCUACCUGGGGAAGAACAACCUGAGCAAGUGCUCUAUGGAGGUGAAGGAGGGGAACACCAUUGCUAAACCAAUUAUCUACUCAAUCCGCUUCCUCUGUGGCUUCAUGAUACCUUUCCUGGUCAUCCUUAUCUGUUACAUCCUUACCGCAAUUGGUAUCCGUCGAACCCGCCUCAAAGGGAAGUCCCGCCCCCUGCGCAUAUUGGCAUCAUUAGUUGCUGCCUUCUUCCUCUGCUGGGCGCCAUACCACUGCCUCCUGCUGGUGAAGAUGGUGGACAGUAAGAACGUGGUGGUGAAAAUCUGGCACCCUGUGGCGAAGGGCGUCGGCUACUUUAACAGCUGUGUGAACCCACUGAUGUACUUCUGCAUUGGGUUGGGAGUGAGGGGGCAGUUCAGGCAGAGUCUGGCGGGGGUGUACAGGAGAGCUCUGGCGGACUAUGGGGAGGGACAGGUGACCCAAUCCCACGACCAAUCUCUGGAUGACAGCAGCGGGUCAAAGCACAGUACUGCCAUAGUGGCAGGAAGCAGUCUCAUAACAGUGGAGGUAGCUAGAGUUUGAGUCUCUCCCAAAGUUUCCUGUAUUACUGGUGGUUUUUAUUAUUAAGUCACACUGGAAUUACAGUUGGAGUGUCGUUAGCAGUCUGUGAUUUAGAUCAAAUCUCUCACAUAUGUUUAGAUCAGCUAACUAAUUCAUAAUUGGAUCGAUACAAUUAUGAUAACCUCCCCUCUAGAGUUAACACAAAUGACACAUAUUGAUUAUGACAGAACAUAGCAGAAACAAAAAGAAGGUCAUUUGUUACGUUUUUAUGUCUUUUAUAAGAGAUUCUACUGAAAUAUUCUGUACCGUAAGGGAAGUCAUUAACACCAGCAUCCCCGGUUGUCAUAUAUGCUGUGUGGCUAUAUUUUUUUAACAGGGCAUUAUUUUUGAAAAUAUCCACCAAGAAAGUCUAAUCUACUGUUUAUUGUAUGUUCAUAUGUAUAGAAGUAUUCAUAGUACUUGUUCUUGCAGACCAUGAAAGUUGAAUUAAGUGCCACGGCGAUAUAUUAGAAGGUAAAAAGGUUGGUUAUAGUAAAAGGAGUAGUAUAACAUUUUUAACUGACUUUCUCUGUAUUUGUAUCAGUGACGUGCGGUGAGGUUCAUGGCU